AUGGAAUCCCUUACUGCUCUCUGCGACACCUUCUUCCCAUCCAUUUAUAGCAGCAGUAUGAUCGCCACCGCAACCACAACCACAACCGAUGAUGAUGACGACGACGCGGCCAGUAUUAUGUCUACGUUUUAUAAAUAUUCUGCUUCCAUGGCCGGAACUCCUGAACGUGUGGGAGGGUUGAUUUGUGAAAGGUUGCAGCAUCCUAAGAAGUGGUUGAUACGAUUGUCGCUGUAUUUGCUGUCUACAUGGAUUGGUACCUUCGUAUUGUGUGGGCUACCCAGCAUUUCACCCUCUUUUCCCUACUUCCAGAGAUUUUCUCAAAUUUCUCAGAACAAAAGAGAACAGAUACUGCUUUCUUGGUCUGCCAGCUUUUUCCAUCUCCUCAGGAUGCUCUUCAAAACCAUCAAGCUUCUCAUACCACUCGUCUUUUUCUCUCAGGUAGAUGAAAAGAAUGAGAACUUGACAUGGAAAGCCAUAGGCUAUCCAGGGCCUGACCCAGCAGCACUCAAAAGACAAACCUGCAGGCUGCCAAAAACAUUAUAUGCAAGAAUAAAAGACGACGACGAUGAUGUUUUUGAAGAUGAACAAGACUACAAAGAAGAGCAUCUCUUUGGACCUCUUUACAGAGGCCUCAUUAAUCUCAACCUUCCAAGGGAUAUAGUUGCAGACUCGCUGCGUCAGCUUGAAUUCCCUGUCUUCAUUCGUCACCGGAAAAACGUUAACUCAUCACUGGACUCUUCUACCAGUACUCCUAGUUUAGUCAUCAAAUGUGAUGCAGUAGUAGUUGGUUCUGGCUCCGGUGGUGGUGUGGUAGCUGGGGUUCUAGCAAAAGCUGGUUAUAAAGUGCUUGUCUUGGAGAAAGGAAACUAUUUUGCAAGAAACAAUCUCUCACUUCUUGAAGGACCGUCAAUGGAUCAAAUGUACUUAGGUGGAGGUAUGUUGGCAAGCGAUGAUACGGGAGUAGUGGUUCUUGCUGGCUCUACUGUUGGUGGAGGUUCUACAAUCAAUUGGUCAGCUUCAAUUAAGACCCCACAACAUGUGAUCAAUGAAUGGAGUGAAAGCUACGACCUUGAGUUAUUUAACAGUAAAUUAUACAAAGAAGCAUUAGAUGUUGUGUGUGAGAAAAUGGGAGUUCAAUCUGAUAUUCAUGAAGAAGGUUUUAAUAAUGCUGUUUUAAGAAGAGGGUGUGAAGAAUUGGGCUAUCCUGUAAACACCAUUCCUCGAAAUUCCGCACCGGAUCAUUACUGUGGCUGGUGUUGUUUUGGCUGCAAGGAUGGAAGGAAGAAGGGCACUUGUGAGACAUGGCUAAUGGACUUGGUGAAUUCAGGUAAUGGUGCACUUCUUCCUGGAUGUGAGGCCAUUAAGGUCUUGCAUAAGCGAAAGAAAGGGAAGGAUCGAAGAACUGCAGCCGGAGUAGCUUUUGGAUUCGAAUACAAUGGAAUGAAAGACUUGUGUGUGGUUGAGUCCAAGGUGACUAUUGUCGCCUGUGGUGCUCUUAGUACUCCUGCAUUGCUAAAAGCAAGCGGCUUAAGGAAUGCCAACAUUGGUAAACACUUACACCUCCAUCCAGUCACAAUGGCAUGGGGCUGCUUCCCAGGUGCACCUAAUUCAUCCACGGCGUGGCCAGAGGAACAGAAGAAGAGCUACGAAGGAGGGAUAAUGACGGCAAUGUCGACAGUGGUUGCAAAUUUUAAAGAGUCCGGAUAUGGGGCAGUAAUACAGACACCAGCAUUGCAUCCUGGUAUGUUCUCAGGUCUAAUGCCAUGGAUUUCUGGAGCUGAUAUAAAAAGGAGAAUGUGCAGGUUCUCAAGAACUGCCCAUGUGUUUGCUUUGGCAAGAGACAGAGGAUCGGGAACGGUGCAUUCACCAAGCUCAAUAAACUACAGAAUGGAUGCUGAAGAUGAAAAGAAUCUACAGAAAGGUCUAGAGAAGACACUAAGGAUACUGGCAGCCGCAGGAGCUGAAGAAAUCGGAACACAUCAUAGCACAGGGAAGUGCUUAAAUGUAAAGAAAGUGAGUUUCCAUGAAUUCGAAAGGUUUGUGAAAGAGGAGAGCGCAAGACCAUUAAGAGACUUAAGAGGACAAAUAUGUUCGGCUCAUCAGAUGGGGAGUUGCAGGAUGGGUGUAAAUCCAAAGGAGUCAGUGGUAAACCAAAUGGGAGAGACAUGGGAAGUAGAGGGACUGUUUGUUGCAGAUACAAGUGUGUUUCCCACCGCUCUAGGUGUCAACCCAAUGGUCACAGUCCAGGCUAUAGCUUACUGGAUCUGUCAUGUCUUGGCAAAGCAAACCAAAAUAGAAACAGUUGGCCGGCUCCAUGUCAAAGAAGGAAACAUUAGGAAUGGUAUCUCUCCUUCAAAGCAAUGA